GAAAAAUGCUUAGUUUCAGAAAAAAUUUAACUCUGCUUCACUAUUUCCUAGGGUUUCCGAUUUCCUCUUCCUCUUCUUCCCCUCCAGCAGAUCAAGAUCAAAAUUCAGAUUCUGGAUUGAGUUUGAUUUCAUCUGAUUGUCAAAGACCAGAUAACAUUUUUGAAUCGGCGUCUCUCGGAUCAGCAGCAAAAGGAAACAUGGAAGAUAACGAUGAUGAUAAAAUGUGUGAGAUUUUUAGUAAUGGUGGAUUUGUGGGUAAUACAUGUACAGAGAGUUUAGGUUUUGAAAGUUCAGAUCAAAUGGAAUUAGAAGGAGAUGAAGAAGAUGAGAAAAAGAUCAUGGUGGAGGAUUUAUUAUCAACAUCAAUUCUUAACGAAAGACAUAUAAGAUCAUUAGACAGACACAGAAGAAAAUCAUCAUCUGAUAAACAUGGCGAAGAAGAUGUUCUGAAAUCAAAGAAGAAAGCAGUAUUUCCACCACCCUUAUCAACAAUGAAUCAAGACAAUGGAAAACCUAAUUCUUUUCUAAAACCAGUUAGAAAAGAUGGUAAAUUAGAAUUAAUUCAAGUUCAUAUUAUUCAUCCAAAACCGAUAUUUCAGGCUUCUAGACAAGAUGGUCGCCUCAGGUUAUAUUUCAUUGAUAAAAAAAUCGAAGAAGAAGAAGAAAACGAAGAAAUCAAAGAACAACAAGAAGUUAUCGAAACAAAAGAAAUUAAGGAUGAGGGGAGUGAUAGUAGGAGUAAAAGGAUAAAAGAACUGAAGUUUCCAUUGGUGGGGACUAAUGAAGGUUUCAUGAGGUCAUGUCAUGAGCUGAUUGCUAAUCAUCAUCAUCAUUAUAUGAAUAGGUCAACUGUACAUGUACUUUAAUCAAUUUUGAAGGUUUUUUUUUUUUUUUUUUGCCAUUACUAAAUUUAGCAGUGGAGAGAGGAACAGAGGAAUCCAAGUUUUGCCCAAAACAUAAGGAGGAAGACGAGAGAACUUUUCAAAAAAUCGAAAGGACAGUGAUGUAAAUAAAGGAUAUUCUUACCAAUUUUCACCCUUAAUGGUUUAUGUAUGUGUGUGUGCUGGCAAAGAGCUAGCUAGCACACCCAAAUUUUGUUUUCACUGGGAUCUCGUGUAUCUUACGUGGGACCUCUACAACAGAUGUAAAGAAGCAAAUGAAAGAAGAAAGCUUAGGUUUGUCUGCUGUGAACCAGUAAUAAACACCAAACACGUAGAUCGGUAAAUUUUACCCCGACAGUAUUAACCCAUGGGCAGCAAGAUCCGAAAAUGUUCCAUUUAAAGUCAACUCCAACGCAGUGAUCA